AUGCGGCUCUGGAGUUGGGUGCUGCGCCUGGGGCUGCUGAGCGCCGCGCUGGGCUGCGGGCUGGCCGAGCGCCCCCGCCGGGCCCGGAGAGACCCGCGGGCCGGCCGCCCCCCGCGCCCCGCCGCCGGCCCGGCCACCUGCGCCACCCGGGCGGCCCGCGGCCGCCGCGCCUCGCCGCCGCCGCCGCCGCCGCCGCCGGGCGGUGCCUGGGAAGCCGUGCGCGUCCCCCGGCGGCGGCAGCAGCGGGAGACGAGGGGCGCCGCGGAGGAGCCGAGCCCGCCGAGCCGGGCGCUCUAUUUCAGCGGGCGAGGCGAGCAGCUGCGCCUGCGGGCCGACCUCGAGCUGCCCCGGGACGCGUUCACGCUGCAAGUGUGGCUGCGAGCGGAGGGGGGCCAGAGCUCUCCGGCGGUGAUCACAGGGCUAUAUGACAAAUGUUCUUAUGCCUCACGUGACCGAGGAUGGGUCGUGGGCAUUCACACCGUCAGUGACCAAGGCAACAGAGACCCACGCUACUUUUUCUCCUUGAAGACAGACCGGGCCCGGCAAGUGACCACCAUCAAUGCCCACCGCAGCUACCUCCCAGGCCAGUGGGUAUACCUGGCUGCCACCUACGACGGGCGGCUGAUGAAGCUCUAUGUGAACGGUGCCCAGGUGGCAACCUCAGGGGAGCAGGUGGGCGGCAUCUUCAGCCCGCUGACCCAGAAGUGUAAAGUCCUCACGCUGGGAGGCAGCGCCCUGAACCACAACUACCGGGGCUACGUGGAGCGCUUCAGCCUAUGGAAGGUGGCCAGGACGCAGCGCGAGGUCCUGCUGGACAUGGAGACCCGCGGCCUCCACGCUCCUGUACCUCAGCUCCUCCUCCAGGAGAACUGGGACAACGUGAAGCGCGCCUGGUCCCCCAUGAAGGACGGCAGCGGCCCCCGCGUGGAGGCCAGCGGCGCCCGCGGCUUCCUGCUGGACACGAGUCUGGAGCCUCCUCUGUGCGGGCAGACGCUGUGUGACAACGCCAAGGUCAUCUCCAGCUACAACCAGCUGCCGCGCUUCCGCCGGCCCAAGGCGGUGCGCUACCGCGUGGUCAACCUCCACGACGACGGCCGCGAGAACCCCACGGUGAGCCGCCAGCAGAUCGAUUUCCAGCACCGGCAGCUGGCCGAGGCCUUCAAGCACUACAACAUCUCCUGGGAGCUGGAGGUGCUGGAGGUGAGCAACUCCUCCCUGCGCCGCCGCCUCAUCCUGGCCAACUGCGACAUCAGCAAGAUCGGGGACGAGAACUGCGACCCCGAGUGCAACCACACGCUGACGGGCCACGACGGCGGGGACUGCCGCCACCUGCGUCACCCCGCCUUCACCAAGAAGCAGCAGAACGGGGUGUGCGACAUGGACUGCAAUUACGAGCGCUUCAACUUCGACGGCGGGGAGUGCUGUGACCCCGAGAUCACCGACGUCACCAAGACCUGCUUCGACCCCGACUCUCCGCACAGAGCAUACUUGGAUGUUAAUGAGCUGAAGAACAUUCUUAGACUGGAUGGAUCAACACACCUCAAUAUCUUCUUUGCUAACUCCUCGGAGGAGGAAUUGGCAGGAGUAGCAACUUGGCCGUGGGACAAGGAGGCCCUAAUGCAUUUAGGUGGCAUUGUCUUGAAUCCAUCUUUCUAUGGCAUUCCUGGGUACACCCACACCAUGAUCCAUGAGAUCGGGCACAGCCUGGGCCUCUAUCACAUCUUCCGAGGCAUCUCAGAGAUCCAGUCUUGCAGUGACCCCUGCAUGGAGACAGAGCCCUCCUUCGAGACCGGAGACCUCUGCAGUGACACCAACCCAGCCCCAAAGCACAAGUUCUGCGGUGACCCGGGGCCAGGGAACGACACCUGUGGCUUUAACAGCUUCUUCAACACUCCUUACAACAACUUCAUGAGCUAUGCAGAUGACGACUGCACUGACUCCUUCACGCCCAAUCAAGUCGCCAGAAUGCACUGUUACCUGGACCUGGUGUACCAGAGCUGGCAGCCCUCCAGGAAGCCGGCGCCUGUCGCCCUUGCCCCCCAGAUCGUGGGCCACACGACCGACUCCGUGAUGCUGGAGUGGUUCCCGCCCAUCGACGGCCACUUCUUUGAAAGAGAAUUGGGACCAGCAUGUGACCUUUGCCUGGAAGGGAGAAUCCUGGUGCAAUAUGCCUUCAACGCCUCCUCCCCGAUGCCCUGUGGCCCAUCAGGACACUGGAGUCCUCGGGAAGCAGAAGGUCAUCCAGAUGUUGAACAACCCUGUAAGUCCAGCGUCCGCACCUGGAGCCCAAAUUCAGCUGUCAACCCACACACAGUCCCUCCAGCCUGCCCUGAGCCACAAGGCUGCUACCUUGAACUGGAAUUCCACUACCCCUUGGUCCCUGAGUCUUUGACCAUCUGGGUGACCUUUGUCUCCACUGACUGGGACUCCAGUGGGGCUGUCAAUGACAUCAAACUGUUGACUGUUAGCGGGAAAAACAUCUCCCUGGGCCCUCAGAACGUCUUCUGCGAUGUCCCACUAACCAUCAAACUCCAGGAUGUGAGCGAGAAGGUGUAUGGCAUCCAGAUCUACACGUUGGAUGAGCACUUGGAGAUAGACGCGGCCAUGUUGACCUCUGUUGCAGACAGCCCUCCCUGCCUGGAGUGCAAGCCCUUGCAGUACAAGGUGGUCCGGGAUCCUCCUCUCCAGGUGGACGUGGCCUCCACCCUACACUUCAGUAGAAGAUUCACAGACAUGGAUCUAAAUCUUGGCAGUGUGUACCAGUACUGGGUCAUCACUAUUUCAGGAAACGAAGAGAGUGAGCCAUCACCUGCUGCCACUUACAUCCAUGGAAGUGGGUACUGCGGUGAUGGCAUCAUCCAGAAAAGCCAAGGUGAAGAAUGUGAUGACAUGAAUAAGAUCAAUGGGGAUGGCUGCUCCCUUUUCUGCCGACAGGAAGUUUCCUUCAAUUGCAUCGAUGAGCCCAGCCGGUGCUAUUUCCAUGAUGGUGAUGGGGUAUGUGAGGAGUUUGAACAAAAAACUAGCAUCAAAGACUGUGGUGUCUACACACCGCAGGGGUUCCUGGAUCAGUGGGCAUCCAACGCUUCUGUAUCCCAUCAAGACCAGCAGUGCCCAGGCUGGGUCAUCAUCGGCCAACCAGCAGCAUCGCAGGUGUGUCGAACCAAGGUGAUAGAUCUCAGUGAAGGCAUUUCCCAGCAUGCCUGGUACCCUUGCACCAUCAGCUACCCGUACUCCCAGCUGGCUCAGACCACUUUCUGGCUCCGGGCGUACUUUUCUCAGCCAAUGGUUGCUGCAGCUGUCAUUGUCCACCUGGUGACGGAUGGGACCUAUUAUGGGGAUCAAAAGCAGGAAACCAUCAGCGUCCAGCUGCUUGAUACCAAAGACCAGAGCCACGACCUAGGCCUCCAUGUUCUGAGCUGCAGGAACAAUCCCCUGAUUAUCCCUGUGGUCCACGACCUCAGCCAGCCCUUCUACCACAGCCAGGCGGUACGUGUGAGCUUCAGUUCACCCUUGGUCGCCAUCUCGGGGGUGGCCCUCCGUUCCUUCGACAACUUUGACCCCGUCACCCUGAGCAGCUGCCAGAGAGGGGAGACCUACAGCUCUGCCGAACAGAGCUGCGUGCACUUCGCCUGUGAGGCCGCUGACUGCCCGAAGCUGGCUGUGGAGAACGCUUCUCUCAACUGCUCCAGCAGUGACCGCUACCACGGUGCCCGGUGCACUGUGAGCUGCCGGACGGGCUACGUGCUCCAGAUACAGCGGGAUGAUGAGCUGAUCAAAAGCCAGACAGGACCCAGCGUCACGGUGACCUGCACGGAGGGCAAGUGGAACAAGCAGGUGGCCUGUGAGCCAGUGGACUGCGGCGCCCCGGACCAGCACCACGUCUACGCUGCCUCGUUCUCCUGCCUCGAGGGUACCACGUUCGGCAGCAAGUGCUCCUUCCGUUGCCGCCACCCGGCGCAGCUGAGAGGCAACAACAGUCUCCUGACCUGCAUGGAGGACGGGCUGUGGUCCUUCCCAGAGGCCCUGUGCGAGCUCCUGUGCCUGGCUCCACCCCCGGUGCCCAACGCAGACCUCCAGACGGCCCGCUGCCGGGAGAACAAGCACAAGGUGGGCUCUUUCUGCAAGUACAAGUGCAGACCUGGGUACCACGUGCCCGGCUCCUCCCGGAAGUCAAAGAAACGGGCCUUCAAGACCCAGUGCACCCAAGAUGGCAGCUGGCAGGAGGGGGCCUGUGUUCCUGUGACUUGUGACCCUCCUCCACCGAAAUUCCACGGGCUCUACCAGUGCACUAAUGGCUUCCAGUUCAACAGCGAGUGCAGGGUCAAGUGUGAAGAUAGCGAUGCCACCCAGGGGCACGGCGGCAACGUCAUCCACUGCCGGAAAGAUGGCACCUGGAGCGGCUCCUUCCGCGUCUGCCAGGAGAUGCAAGGCCAGUGCUCAGCCCCGGACCAGCUCAACAGCAACCUGAAGCUGCAGUGCCCUGAAGGCUAUGCCAUCGGGUCGGAGUGCGCGACCUCGUGCCUGGACCACAACAGCGAGUCCAUCGUCCUGCCGGUGAACGUGACCGUCCGCGACAUCCCCCACUGGCUGAACCCCACGCGGGUGCAGAGAGUUGUCUGCACAGGUGGUCUGAAGUGGUACCCUCACCCUGCUCUGAUUCACUGUGUCAAAGGCUGUGAGCCCUUCAUGGGAGACAACUACUGUGAUGCCAUCAACAACCGAGCUUUCUGCAACUAUGACGGUGGGGAUUGCUGCGCUUCUACAGUGAAGACCAAAAAGGUCACCCCCUUCCCUAUGUCUUGUGACCUACAGGGUGACUGUGCUUGUCGGGACCCCCAGGCCCAAGAACACAGCCGGAAAGACCUCCGAGGAUACAGCCAUGGCUAAGGAAGGACCAGGAGUUGUCAAAAGAAUUCCCAAUGCCAGGACCCGCCUCCCUUUGGUAUUGAUUUCACAGUCAGCUGCUCAACGGAAUGGCCUCUCCACACCAGGGAUCCUUAGCACCCAACCGGUCUGCCUUUAAUUGCACCCAGGAGGGACUCGUAGUGGGGGCACGUGAACCAAGUCUCGCCAUGUGGAAUGAUGGAAUGGAAUCCCACCCCAGAGUCUUAGACGGAUUGCAUAUACGGCGUGCAGUCCCCGAGCCUCCUAAAAUUCUAACCGUUCGUCACACGACCACAGCAGGAAACAUGUAUCUAGGAGUUACGUAUCCAGGAGUGUGCCCACCUGUGGCUAGUAGGCAUGCAUGCGUACACACCCAUGCAAACAUCCGCGUGAGGGCAGUUUUGGAGACUGAGCAGAGAGAGACUGGGGCAGACUCGGUCUUUCCUCUGCCAGGCUCCUAGCCAACACUGUCCUUGGGAGGAAGAGAGUUACAGAAACUGCCAAGGCCAAGUGCUGAAAUGCUAAGAUAGCUCACACCCUGUGGCUUAAGAUACGUAAGGUGUGCACAAGUGUACAGUCCUUUGGGAUUGGAAGUGAAAUGGUCUCUGAUCACCUAGCUUCUAGGGAAGGUAGGACCCAGGAAGAGGAAAAGAAUCCAAGGUAUGCAAAGUCCGCAAAUUCUUCCGCUGCCGUGGGGAUUUUACCCCAACUCCAGGGUUCGAGGCCAAGCUGGAAAUGGCUUCAGAUUGCAACGUCAAGGUAUUAUAACAGCCCCCUGCUUGAGGCUUGAGGCCAUAAUAUCCCUCCCAUUCCCCAAAUCUUGCCUUGGGACCACAUUUGCUGCUACUUUUCCGGCUGCUCUAUCCUAUACAUUGAGUACCCCAAGAUAGUAGGACUAGGUUAGGAAAAACCCCACACAACCAAACAGUCUGCCUUAAAAGUGACCCACAUUUUCCCACAGCUCCUCACCUCUUAGCCCUUCUGCAAAAGAAACCCCUCAUAGGCCCACAUGGUGAGAAGUGAAGCCCCCCAUGGGGGGGGCUUCUCAUCCUGGAAGGGAAUUGAGGGGCUUAAGAUGCUGGAACCCUCACUGAGAGUCCAGAAUGUCUAAGCCAGUGUUCGAUUUUAUAACCAAGUAGAACUGUUAGACUUCUAUGAUGUUGGAGCCCUCCAGAGACUGCUGGAAUUUUAGGGACUCUUGAGUUAUCAUCCUUAAUCCAAGCCUUCCUGCCCUUCCAGGCUAGAGCAGGCUUUGGGUCUGAGGACCUCACUGUUGCCCCGAGUAGCUAGAGUUCUGGAACAGACAGCCGUCUUGGAUGGGAUCUGUCUGGACUGUGUUCCAGAGGGGCUGUCACAGGGAACCCGGAGUUCACAGCCUAUAGGUCCCCAACACCCCAGCACGGCCAUCAUGCUUUCCACAGUCUUCCAGCUCCAGGUGGCCCAGCCACACCUGUGGUUGGGCAGCCCUUUCCCUCUCCUGUGCUCAGCCUCCAAAAGUUAAGAGGAAGUUAGCCAAACGCGCAUAGAAGCCUCCACCUCUUUGGCGUCCUCUUUGCCUCUGUUCAGCCAGUUACCUGUCCACUCCUUUUGAAUUAAUAUGGGAAGAGAUGAAUCCAGAAUGAGGUGGAGAGAACGCUUAAGUUUGACGUGAUUUUUGAAACUGAGAAAGUGAGGUGACGGGAGUGUCUAAACUAGAUACAUCGCCUAAAGAUUGCUACAGAUCAUCUCAAGUCUAGUGAAGACAAACCAACAGA